CCCAAACCAUUUGUAUGGAGAGUAUGUAAUUCUGGCAACAAAAUAUCAAGAAUUCAAUCACCAACCGAUGCUGCUCUCUGCAACUUCAGCUAACCCAUGGAAUCCCCCCUCUCCCGCAUUUGACAUUGCUUCGAAAUGUAAAACCCGGACAGAAAUUAACCAAAUCCAUGCAAAUCUGAUCACUACAGGCCAUAUCCACAACCCUUCUCUCACCUCAAAGAUUAUUCUCGAUUUCGCCUUUUCUCCACACAAACCGAGUCUCGAUUUUGCCAGAAAUCUUUUCUUCAGUUUCAAUUACAGAGACCCAUUUCUAUGGAACGCAAUUAUCAAGUCGUACUCGCACGGAGACGAGCCGGAGAGUGCAUUCCAGUUGUUUGUGCUAAUGCUUGUGAGAGAUAUAUUGCCGGAUGAGUAUUCCUUCUCGUUGGUGCUAAAAUCUUGCUCUAGGUUGAGUUUAUUGAGCAGAGGAAUCCAGAUUCAUGGGCUGAUGUUGAAACUCGGGUUCGGGUCUGAUUUAUUCCUGCACAACUGUUUGAUUUCCAUGUAUGUUAAAUGUGGGAUUGUUCAAUUGGGGAGGCAGGUUUUCGAUAGGAUGUUAAAGGAUUCCUUUUCGUACAAUCUGAUGAUUGAUGGAUAUGUGAAGCGCGGGAUGGUGAGUUCUGCGAGAGAACUGUUUGAUGCAAUGCCACCGGAGAUGAAAACUUUGGUUUCUUGGAACACUAUGAUUAGUGGCUACUUGAAAAGGGAGAAUGGAUUUGAGAGUGCUAAGGAAUUGUUUGAUAAAAUGCCGCAGAGGGACUUGGUUUCUUGGAAUCUCUUGAUUGAUUGCUCCGCGAAGAGUGGAAAGAUGGAGAUUGCUAGUGACUUGUUUGAUCGAAUGCCGAAAAGGGAUGUUGUGAGCUGGGCUAGUAUGAUUGAUGGCUAUGCUAAACUAGGAGAUGUGGAUGCUGCAAGAGGCUAUUUUGAUGCCAUGCCUCGACGUGAUGUGGUUUCCUGCAAUGCGAUGAUGGCUGGUUAUGUUAGUAAUGGAUGCUAUGAUGAGGCACUAAAACUGUUCGGUGACAUGUUAGGGAGGGCUUCUGAUUUGGCUCCGGAUAGUGUUACUCUGUUGGCUGCUCUUUCAGCAGCAACACAGUUGGGCUGCAUCGAUCAAGGCAUGGCAAUUCAAGGAUACAUGGAGGAAAAUGGGUUCACCACGUGUGGAAAACUAGGUGUUGCUUUAGUUGACAUGUAUGCAAAGUGUGGGAGCAUAGAGCAAGCCAUUGAUGUGUUUGAGGGCAUCCAAGAGAAAACCAUUGAUCAUUGGAAUGCCAUGAUUGGUGGCUUGGCCAUUCACGGGCUAGGCGAUUUAGCUUUUGACUUAUUCAUUGAGAUGGAGAGGCUCUCUCUCGAACCAGAUGACAUUACAUUCGUUGCAGUUCUCCAUGCUUGUGGUCAUUCCGGGAUGAUGAAGGAAGGCAUGAUUUGCUUCGAGGUUAUGAGACGACUGCACAAGAUGGUGCCGAAGGUGCAGCACUACGGCUGUAUGGUCGACAUACUUAGCCGAGCGGGGCACAUAGAAGAGGCUGCAAAGUUUGUGGAGCAAAUGCCUAUUCAGCCAAAUGAUGUGGUUUUGAGGACUUUGCUAAGCGCUUGUUCAACUUAUGAGAACUUGGACAUUGGGGAGCCCCUUGCCAAGCAUCUGAUCAGGCUAGAUUCAAACGAUGCAAGUUCAUACGUGCUUUUGUCGAAUAUGUAUGCUCAUUUUGGGCUUUGGGACUUUGUUAGAAAGGUUAGAACAUUGAUGAAACAGAGGGAGGUAAACAAGGUUCCUGGCUGCAGCUGGCUCGAGCUCGAGGGCACGAUGCACGAGUUCUUCGUUGGUAGCACAUUUGAUCACAAGGCAAUCGGUCUUGAAUUAGAUGGUAGCUCCUCUGCAAUAAGCAUGGACAGAGCCAGAUUGAGUUGAUGGUAUGUUUCUUGUAUAUUCAUGUAACAUUUCAAUAAUACUAGUUUGUAAAUUGGCAUGUUAAUAUUUAAACAGCAAAUUUUAGAGAAUCUCUUUACUGUAGA